AAUUGACCCGAAGACGCAUCAGCGUUCCAUAUUCCCCCAAAGAAAAAACAAUACUCAAAACAAAAACACUCCUCCGUCUUCUCGCUUUUUUCUGGCCCCCUUUAAACCCCACGCCAUUUCUACUCUCUCUCUCUCUGUGGAAAAUGCAAUUCACAGCUCAAUUCCAUCAGUCCAAAGAGUAAAAGCACAAAGAACCCGAAUCCAAAUAAAAAACCCAAUCAUAUGCCCUCAGAUCUCACUUUCUCUCCUUAACAACCAACAACCAAUCCACACAUACUACCAAACUUAGAUAUUCACUGAGAGAGGGAGAGUGUGUGUAUGUGUGUAUGUGUGUUUUCUCGUACAUGAUAGAAAUGGCUACCUUGCAGAAAUUCAAGCUCCUAGCCACUCAGUGCGCCGUAGUGGCCGGAAGCCCAACUCAGAGCCCAUCGGCAAGCCCUGUAAUCCACCUCCGCCGCCGAAAGACCCUCCGAAUGCUCCUCAAUCGCGCCGAUCGACGUGGACGUUUCUCUCGCCAAGAAGACUCGCCGGAGCUCCGCAACAGGGGUUUGGAUCCCAAUCGCGCGCCGGAUAAUAAGAAGAAGCAGAAGAAGGAGAAGAACGAGGAGGUUAGGAUCCGGCACAAGCUGAAGGACCUGUUUGUUUCCUCGCCUCCGCUUGAAGAUAGAGUUUCGGACAAGAGAUUCCAAAACGAAGAACAAGAACAAGAACAAGAACAAGAAGAGCAGCAACAGCAACAACAAUUGGUCGGGGCGCUACCGGAAAACGGGAGUGUCGGUGGUGGUGGCAGCCCUGCUCAUCGGCGUGGCAGAAGCGGAGGAGCCGGUUCUUUCAGGCCAAUAACGGCGACGUUUCGGUAUAGAUUGCUGAGAAGAGCAUGGCGACCCGUACUCGUUACCAUCCCAGAGUAGCAGAAAGAAACGAAAUGUACGGAUAAUAUUUAAUUUUUUAAUUUUAUUAAUACAAUCGAUUUUUGUGGUAUUUUUGGAGAGAUUAAAAAAAAAAAAAAAAAGUUGAUGAAAAAGUGAUGUAUAUUGUGGGUUGCUAACGUGCACGGGGGCGUUGCUAUCCUGAGCGACUGAUGGAAGACGUACGUAAAGGGAUCUGCGAGAAACUGGACCAGAGUGAGUGGGUGGGAGGAGGGCGCAGAUUAGCAUUGAAAUUUUAGACAGAAAAAAAAAAAAAAAAAAAAAAAAAAAAAGGUGAUGAGAAAUUGGAGAACAAGUUGGGGUAUAAAAAAGAAGUAUUGUUUUGGUGGUGGGGUUGGGGUGUAUGAGGGUGCCAUGGAUCAUAAAAGACAAGGUCAAGACAAAGACACCAACAAGUUAUUAGUUUUUAAUAAAAGCUCUGUACUGUCUCCCAUUGCAGCUUCCAUGUGUUGUUGUUCAGAGAUUUUUCCAUAACAUAUAUUAGAUUCUUCCUUUCUUUA